GCGCCCGCUCCUGCUCCCUCCCUCCGUCCGCGAGGCUCCGUUUCCCAUCUGACAGCUCGCAGGGAGACAUGCACAGAACCGAGCCCGGGGCUUCACGGCAGCACAGAUAAAGGGCCGUGCAGGUGUGGACAUCGGGAGAGUGGGCUGGAUACGGAGCAUCCCGCUGAACAUGGAGCGCUCCUGAUCUCUGCAGAACGACAGGAGGAGCUCAGCCAUUCUUUCCUCGUCGCAUCUUGGAUCUGUUUGGACGUUUGGAGGCCCGACCAUGUCUGCGAGAGACAAGGGGAUCCUGACCAAAGACAGUGUCAGCCUGCUGCCCUGCUUCUAUUUUGUAGAGCUGCCAAUCCUUGUAUCGUCUGUGGUCAGUCUGUACUUCCUGGAGUGGACGGAUGUGUUCAAGCCAGUCAAGUCUGGCUUCAACUGCCAUGACCGUAGCCUGAGCCUGCCCUACAUCGACCCAAACCACGAGGAUCCAUUGCUAAUGCUUCUUAGCCUGGCCUUCGCUGGACCUGCCAUCACAAUAAUGAUUGGAGAAGCCAUCCUGUUCUGCUGUCUGUCUCGGAGAAGGAACGGUGCUGGGGCCGAGGCCAACAUCAACGCUGCCGGCUGUAACUUCAACUCCUUCAUACGCAGAGCCGUCCGCUUUGUUGGUGUCCAUGCAUUCGGACUUUGUGCCACAGCUCUUAUUACCGAUGUCCUCCAACUGAUGACGGGCUACCCAGCACCUUACUUUCUUACUGUGUGUAAACCCAACUACACUACUCUAAAUGUCAGCUGUGAGCAGAACCCCUACGUCAUGGAAGAUAUCUGCUCAGGAGCUGACCUUGCAGCCAUCAUCCAGGGCAGAAAAUCCUUCCCAUCACAGCAUGCAACUCUUGCAUCCUUUGCCGCUGUUUAUGUUUCGAUGUACUUCAACAGCACUUUGACGGACUCAUCGAAGCUACUCAAGCCCCUGCUGGUCUUCUCCUUUAUUAUCAGUGCCAUAAUUUGUGGUUUGACCAGGAUUAUUCAGUAUAAAAACCAUGCCACCGAUGUCUACUUGGGUUUCCUGCUUGGAGGAGCUAUUGCUGUCUAUCUGGGAAUGUAUGCGGUUGGAAAUUUUCAGUCUAGUGAGGAGGCCAACAGCAGUCCACCUCCACUUGUACACCACCCUCCUUGCUCUUUGCCCCAUAUAAGCCAGGAGGCUGUCCUCCACCACCUGCAAAUGAAAGCCAGUAUGUCUGCGGAGUCUGCCAUACCCACUUCCCACUCCGAGGGCCUGCUCCACCGAGGCCUUCAGCAGCAGAGGCCUGAUGACAGCCUGAAACGCUCCAGUGCAGAUGUGGAAGUGAUUUCCCCCCGUAGCCCCCAGAGCAAAGAUGCAAUGGUGACCUUUAGCCACACUCUUCCUCGGGUCCACACUCCCCAGGCCAUGGCCGCAUACGAAGAAGCAGCCAGACGCCAUGCUGCCACCCUCCACCAUGCCUCAAUGGACUCCAGCCGUUCUAAGCAGCUUCUGUCUCAGUGGAAAAGUAAAAACAACAACCACAAGUGCUCCCUGCAGGUCCCGGACUCCUUCUCCUCAUCUGUAGACUCAUCAUCUGGUCAGUCCUCCCAACAUCCACACCACCAUGGCAGUAUGGAGCUUCGAUCCAGCUCUGAGCCACUGGCUAUGGGAUUGAAUGGGGGUUUUGAUGCCCAUGCGUACAUGUCCAAACUGGCCACAGGUGCUAGUACCACCCUGCCCAGUAACUGCAGUGGCAUUACUGGAGGGGCCAGGAUAGCGAUGCAGUCUCGACCUGGUUCUUCACAGCUUGUUCACAUACCAGAGGAAGCUCAUGAGAAUUACAACACCAUGUCUCAGAGGACAGUGAGUGGAGGAGGAAGUGAGGAGAUGUCGACAGUAAAUGCCACAGUUCAGGCUAACUGGCAAAGGGCAGCAGAGAAAACUGUAGCCUGUAGGACUAAUGACAAUGGGCAGAACACCCAGCCACGAAUCAUGCAAGUGAUUGCCAUGUCCAAGCAACAGGGGCUACUACAGACCCAUUCCAAGAGCUUGGAUGAGAGCAGUAUUGGCUGCAACACCACUGGGAGUUGCCAAGUCUCUGCUCGCUACAGGACGCUAACUGAUCAAGACCCCACCAGCACCACAGGGCCCAGCUCACUGGGUAGCACCACAGGCAGCAUUUCAGGGAGCACUGGAGCAAUUGUCAGAGUAGACGCCCACCCUGAAAACAACAGGCCGGUAAUCCAAGCUCCGUCCACAGAUGGAAGCGGAUCAUGGAGGUGGCGGUCCCUCGAUUAUGGCACUGGAGCUGGUGGAGGUCCAGGGACUAGUGGAGUAGGAGGAGGAGCAGGUGGAGGAGGUGGGAGUUUGAGGCAAUCGUUUGACCUCAAUGAUCUAAACAGAGAUUCAGAAAGCUCAGACUCAGUACGUGAAGGGUCGAUUGACAGAAAACGUGCCAAUCACAUUGUUACUACCACUGCCACAGAUAGCACAACACCCAUUGUCACUGUCCACACCCAGAACACCAGCCAGUCAGAGCAGAGGCUCCAGCCACAGGGGCUCUCUACCAUAAGGGUCACUCCAGGGGAUGGGAGUGGUCCUGGGUCUGGAGGAGGCAGUAGCAGUGGGGGAGGAGGAGGUGGGGGUGGAGAGACUGCUUCAGAAACCCCAUCAGUCGCCUCCAGUCGUGAGUCCACACUGCGAAGAAAAGGCAAUAGUAUUAUCUUGAUUCCUGAGAGAGCCAACAGCCCUGAUAACACUAGGAACAUUUUCUACAAGGGAACGUCCAUUACUCCUGUUUUCAAGGACUAACAUCCUAAUUAACAGGAGACUAGUGAGAAUAUGUAGCUAACAAUCCAAGCUGUAUUUUCAGAAAAUCUGUGACAAGAGUAACUGUUACCUGUCAGUGUUCAUAUCACAAUAACUUCAAAAGAAAAUGUUUAGUUUAGCAUGAUUUUUUUGUAUGUGUUUACACUAAAGCACAACCUUUUAAGUGUUGUAUAAUUAAUCACUGUGUUUUUUGUGGUCACUCCAAAGGAAACCUAUUGUAAUAUUGAUGCUGUUCUGGUGUUUUCAGGAGAGGAGAAUCUUUUUUAGAGUCCCAUAUGUUUUGGAUAAAAACCUCUACAAUAAAGAAAAAAUAAGUAGCAGAGUAACAUUCAAACUGUAGCAAACUACUGCAAAACAGUUGUAUCAUAGCUGUGAAACCAAUGUUUACUUCCCCACACUGUAAAUACUGUGUAUGUUUGAAAAGGGUGCUACACCAGAAAAUACUAUUUACGUACUAUACAAUAUACAAUGUGCGAUCUGAAUAGAUAAAGAAUGAAUUAUUUUACAAAGAGUCACAACUAUGACAUUAAUAUGUGACAGAGAUAUGUUUUCUAUUUUGUCUGUUUUCUGUACAGAUACCACAUAUUCAACAGAAUACUGUUUUGAACCAUAAGUGUGCUUAGCAUUCCUUCUGUAGCUAUGAACUCAAAGAUGCUGUGACUUGCACUGAAAAUAGUGUUUACUGUACAAUGUAUACCGUAAACUCCAAUCACAAAUCUUUAUAUUCUGUACUUAUAUUUGGACAUCCAUGCCAGUAUCAUACCUAUUGCACAAAAAAACAGCAAAGCAGUGGAAUAUUCUUCAUCUUAAGGCAGUCAGAUAUUUUUACAAUAAAGUAGUAGAAUGUCUUAAAGUCAGUGCAAUAAUUGACCUUAAGUUUCCUGACCAUUUUUUGCAGAUCUCAGUCUGGAUAAAAUCUGUGUAUAGUUUUCUGAAGAACACUGAAAUUUUGUGCACAAACAUGAACAACAUUACAAAGUGAGGCGGUCAUUUUGAAGUCAGCCAGAGUUCCAAAACAGAAACCACAUCUAUGCAUUUUUGUGCAUUGAUAUGCUUAUGAGACUGGCAGUUGAAGUAUUUCUAAAUUAUGGAUUGCAAGGAAAUCCAUGGAUAGAAAUGAAUGGACAAAUAAACUGAGACAGGCUAAAGAUUCUGCUAAUUAAUACAAUAAUAAUCUCAGCUUAAAUGAAUUUACUUUCAAACUCUGGAUGAAAUUUACUUACAUUUGCUAUGCUUGGUGCCUUGUUAUGGCCCCAGAAUAAAUGAGAGUGCUUGCACUGACUAAAGGUAUGAUCAUAUUUAACAUAGUUUUUAGAGCUGCCUAAACCAUGAAACUUAACAAUCACACUCCAGAAGAAACAAAGCUAAAGUAAUCCGUACCGAUGACCAUUAUAUGUGUUUAUGUGCCCGAGAGCUUCCAAACUUUGCUCAGAUAGCAAGCAAACAUAUUUCCCAAAACAUUAUAGUUUCAUUAAUCAUCUUUUUGUUAGAAAUAUUUCGGUCUUUUACUGGCAGAAUGCUGUAAAGCGCUGUGCCCUUGAUGUAACCUACAUUUCCAGGUGCUAUGUGGAGCAUUUUUCUACAAUAUACAAUACAGUAUUACUUUUAAUUUGUAAUACCUCACUAUAAAUAUCAUAAAAUGAAACUAUAUUGCAUAUGUGGCUUUGCUGGACAUAACAAGCAUGCAACAGGUGAUGUGCUUUGGUUGCCACUCUUUGCAAUGGUAUGCACUGGAAGAACAGCACCGUCAUCCAGUUUUGUGCUGUGAUUUCCAUUUGUUUGUGCCACAAAACCAGCCAGCAGAUUUUCUACCUAACUCAUCCCAAAUAAUAUGUAUCUAAUACCACACAGGAGCCAGUAGAGGCUGCCAGUUCUAUCAGAAUCUGUUUGCUUCUUGUUUAUUGUAAUAUUAAGAGUUUCAAAUGAAUAUGUUUUUUACAUAGUGACUGGAACAGCUAAAAGAGGACUGUUUAGUGGUUUUGAAAUUGCAAAAUCUGUUGUUUACAAGGGUUUACAUUGUGGUGCAUAUCAAUCAUUUGUAUCUUUGUGGUAACAUAAGCACCCACUGGAUAGAAAUGAAAUUUGGUACAAAUGCUCCAGUAUUGGCACCAUCUGUACUAUGAAACUAGCAGAGUGACCGUUUGAGAAGAUUUGCCAAAGCUAGAAUUUUUAAUAGGAAAACAAUCUAAAUCAUAAGUAUUUGUAUAGCAAGCCUGCAUUAUAUUGUACACGAUUUAUUCUUUACCCCGGUAACAUUUGCAUGAUAACUUUUUCAUAGUGUGUAUCACAAGAUUUUUUUUAUCAUAAAUGUGCUUUUACUUUCAAUUCACAGAAGUGUCCAACAGUAUGUUCUUUAUUUCCAUAUAUAUGACAAUCUUUUCCUCAUUUAAAAAAAAACAAGUACUGUUGCCUCUUCAGGUCAUUGCCACAUGCUGGUUUUGUUUUUUCCUCUUAAAUGAAACUGACAUUCUCUCUGUAUUAUAUUAAUUUAGUAUGUGUACAUAAUUUCAGAAAUCUAAAUGAAAUAACUGUGGUUUGAAUCUAAACUCAAUCAAUCAAAAACAAAAUAUAUAUUUUUAAAGUCAUCCAGGUAGACUGCAUUUUUUAAAUACAACGUUUUGACUUAUUUAAGCCCUCAAGCUACGGGGCUUCUUAUAUUUAAGAUUUGGUUUGAAGCUGCAUCUUAAAGUAAUUUCUUGUGACCACCAUCAGGUUUUGCCUGAUCUCAAAAUGCCAAAAUAGGAAACAUGAGAGAAUUCACUCACACUUGCCAUUGCUACCAUACAGUGUUAAAGCAGUGAAGUAAAAACAAAAUACAGUAAAAUAUCAAAUUCAGUUCAUUGCUUGAAUACAUACUUGCCAUGCAUUACAAAACCACAAUCAAAAAUGCUUAAGUACAACAUGGCAACAACAAAUUAGUAACAAGUAAUGCCUUCUUCCAAAUGAUCCCAUGAAUUCAGUUUUCAUACUGAAGACCAACUAACCCUAGCCUGACUGUUGUUCUCAGCAGUCUUGUAGAGAAUAAAACUUAUUUACAUAUUUUCCAUUUUGGACAACAAUGGUGCGCUAUGGAAUAGAUGAAUGAGAUAUAACAAGCAUUGACAUACACAUAGAACCUAUUAAAAAACACACACACAAAAACAAGAGCUCACUGGUAAAGUCUACCAUAUUAGAGAGAGGAUUAUUGACAUGAUACAUGUGAAACCAGCUUGUGUGAUGCCAUACACACACACACAAACACACACACAUACACACACACACACACACACACACAAUAUUUAUAUAUAUAUGUAUUUAUUCCCAUGGCAUUGUUUUAAAUGAUUUCUGUGAUUCAGUCCCGAAGGCCUGUGAAAAGUGACACAUGGGUAGAAAUGUAGAUCCAAUGGGUAGAACUGUGGAUGGAUGCUCUCUGCAUGUGUAGAUUGUUGUGUUGUCCCUGGAUGAAUAAUAAAUGUCUUCUGAUACUCUGAGCAGCUGUAUGAAUUCUAUGGAGCAAGAAAAAAAAAAGAUUUGUCCCCAGUUCAGUUCAAAAAUCUAAAAAAGAAGCUCAGAAAUGAUGAUUUUGUAUAACUGUUGAAUAUAUCAAAGUACUGACUGCUUAAAGUCAGCUUUCACGCUGAGUAUUUGUAGCACGUUGAUCAGACUAGAUGACAAACUGUGCAUUAUCUAAAUAUGAAUAAAUGUUUGCUAAUGAAACCAA